AUGGGUUCGCGCAAUACCCGAUCAUCUGCGGCCGCGAGCAAGGUCAAGACCCCGGCGGCGAGCAAGGCGAAGACCCCUGCGGCGAAGAAGUCUGCUGGCACAGGGGUGGCAGCCAAGUCUUCGACCAGCAAAGCUGAUUCUCAAGCUGGUGCUGUACCAGCCAUGAGCUAUGCAGCUCGGCUCAAGGUUACGAAGGAGGGGCUGCGACCCGCAUUCUCGCACAUGACGGAGAAGGAGUUGGACGCACUGGCUCGGUCGACCAUGGCUCAGGGGUCCAAGGCGGUCUCUGGUGAGAAGGAGCGUCAGGAAGCGCUACAGAGAGAUGCAGAUGUCCAAGCCAAGAGCAAGGCCAUGAUGGCCGAGGAGGAGGAUGAGGACGUUGUUGAGGAAGGGUCAAAGGCUGGGGGAUCUGACGACGGUGCUGGGUCUGGGACCGAUGAGCUAGUGAUACCGCCGAAGAGCGAAGGGAAGAAACCAAGGUCACCGGGCAAGUCCACACCCAUUACCAGGCCGCGCAAGAGGAAAAACGUGCCUUCUUCCGACCACGAGGACAGCGAUGGCGAAUCUGGGUCAGAGAAGCCCGAGAAGAAGAAGACCAGGACUCAACGUCAGGAUCAGUCAGCGGAACAGGCAACAGCAGCGGGUAACAAGCGUAAGAUCGUGGAGGUCACGAUUACUUCUCCGCCGAAAACGCAGGCUCCGAAAGAUGAGCAAUCUUUGACCGCACACCUUGGCUCGAGGACUGCGAAGGCGAAGAAGAAAGCCGCUCCCAUCGUUCUUGACAGCACAGAUGAGGAUGAGCUGGAGACCAGCGACAAGGAGGGGGAUCCCCGAGGGAAGGAGACACGCUCAUCGAAGGCUGAAGGCAAACGUGUGGCAAAGGGCAACUCCAGCAGGAGAGAGCCAUCUCCCAUGGACGUGGAUGACUCACAGGACGGAGAAGGCUCUUCGUACAAGGGCUCGGACGGCGAUGGCGAGGACGAGGAUGAGAGCGCGGACCAGUUGUUGUCGAAAGACGAGGAAGCUCCGAACGAGAUGAUUGUGAAGAUGGAGGAAGAGUCCGAGUCGAAGGGCAAGAAGAGGAGGCAACCGCGGAAGAAGGCCGACGCGAAGAAGUCCGAUGCGGGCAAGAAUGAGCCUACCGCUGGCGCGUAUGAGAAGCUCAUGGAGGACGUCGACGUCCGCAGUCUUCUGGGGAAAGCCCAACAAGAGCUUAGGGUGUACCUUGCUCUGGAGAACGCUUGGCCUCGUAUGAAGAAAGGCGUCUCCGAGAAGCAUGCGGCGACUGCCGACAUCGUUGAGCGGCUCAUAACGAGCAAUGUCAGGUACCAGAGGGAGGACUUCCAGAAGAAGUUCGAGCCCAACUGGGCCUUCCAGAAGACAAAGAACAAGAUCAUCGCAUACGUGAACAAGGCUGCACCCCAGCUUCGGCAGGAGCUCAAGCAGAAGGCGAAGCGCGUGGUGGAGAAAGAGUUCUUGUCUAUCAGGCUGCCCGAGGUUGGGGCCGACGGUAAACCGGUGGAUGCUGUCGAGCGCAACCAGAAGGUGAAGAAAGCCCGGGAGAAUCGCAUCAAGUUCUUGAAAGACAACAACACCUUUCACUACGGGCAGCUUGUGCUACCGGAUCCCGAGGUUGACCCAUCGCUGUGGGAGGAGCCAGACCUGGACAUGCCGUUCCAUGGUCUGUGCGUGGCCGAGGUCAUCGCUAACCAAUGGUUCCGCGGACAGAACCCGGACGUGUUUCGCCCGGCGUGCAAAGAACGGUUUGACCUUGACGGUGCGUUGAAGACCAUCCCAAGCAACAUGAUUGCCCUGGCGUGCAGUGCGAUUCUCGUGGCCUUGGACGAGUGGAUGAACGACAACAACACGGUGGAAUUCCAGGAGAAGGUGUACGAUCGCCUGCUGUCUGGCGUGGAGAUGAUCCGUCGGUUGGCCAAUCCGAACAACAAGGACUAUGACGAGGGCUGGGAAAACCUCUCGGAGUCCCUGAACGCCAGUCUGUCCAAGAACAUCAGGGUGUUCGCUGGGCUUCGGGUGGAUUCGCAGAGUGGGCAAGGCGAGGAGAAGUCCAAUGCGGACCUAGACCCUCUCAUCAACGCUGGGAAGGUGAAGGCGAGGUGGCGGUCGAGGGGUGGUGCUCCCGACAACGCUCAGGCUGGGCCGUCCAAUGCUGCGUCCAAGGAUAAGGCCUAG